CACAAACAAUUUAAUGUCACCGAAAACAGUCCAAUAAGUGUACUUCACUUCAUGAAUGACAGUACGGUUUUAGUAGUCGAAUCUUAACUAAAAACUGACGGAAAGUAAAUGAAUUUGGUGCAAGAGUGGUACAACUAUUCAUUAAGGUCAAUGAUUUAAGAUCGUAAACAAACACGGAACAGAGCGACGUAAGGCGUUCAAAUUACAUAAGUACUUCGAAUGGGGGGUAAGACUUACGUUUCGAGUCCCAGUUUCGCUUACUUAGUUACUGAAUCGGAAUGGUGCCCCUAGAAUGAAUAAUAAAACACGAUAAUUUUGCAUUUAUGUGUACUAUUACUGCUGUGUACGUGCGGGGUGUCGAAUGGUGUAAAACCUGUACACAGUAAUAAAUGAGAGCUCAAGACGACACAAUGGAGAAGGGAUUCGAGCUUGGUGGUCCAGAUCGCAAAUUUUUCGAACUGAAACGACUGGUUUCUGUGGGCAGCAUACGACUUGCUACCCGUUACGAGGUUGGAAGGAGACAGCUUCUCGCAUUUGUCAUGGGGUCAGGUGAUCUCUGUUUGUACUACCUUUGCAAUGAAGAUAAUGAGAAGCCCGUUAUGCGACACAUCCCAUGGUACCAAGAUAAUAGCCGUAUGAUCUCAGCCAUGUGUUUUGAUCCUUCAGGCUCAUGGCUGCUUGUUGCAAGCUGUGAUGGAACACUUGUCAUUGUACCAGCACUGGCUUUGGUGGACAGUGCUAAAGCCAAAGAUCACCAGUGGUCUACGACAGAAGUGACAGUUUUUCCUUCAGUCACCUCUCCCCCUGCUGCUUCAUUGUCUGCUAGCAGCUUGGCUAGCUCUGUCAAUGGAAGUCCACUCACUACUCGCCGUAGUUCAGCAGCUCGACCCACAGCAGUUGUGUGGUGGCAGAGCAUUCUGGGUUGCCAUCAUACAGCUAUUGUAGGAACAGAAACUGGAACCAUAUUUUUUGUGAAUCUCUCGACAGGUGUCCAAGUGGGCACAACCUAUGUGAGAGAUGCUAUAACUGAACUACACAUGUGCCAAGACAACAGUCUCGAUGUGAUCUUCUUACUGAUCACUUGUAUUAAUCACAGUCAAUGGAAGCUGCUUCUGGAACAGCGUACCACGGGAUACACUUGGCCUGUUGACAGUGCCAGUCAUGCCAAGCCAUACAGCACCAGCAGUCAGUGUCAGUCUACAAUAGUCGAGUCUGAUGCAAAUGGAAAAAGUCUUCCCAGAUCACGUCUCCAGGGACUGAAACAGUUAUCAGUUGAGAAAUUGACCAGCAUUCGCAACAAAUUGGUUGAGACACGAUCACGAGGGAUAGCUGUAGUGCAGCAUGUACGGAGAGGUGACAACACUUUGUUAUUCUCAUGCUGUGCCGCAGCAACAGAUACAGACAUUUGCAGGAAAGAUGACACUGGUGCCGUCUGA